CAUCAACUGAUAGACCACACUAAAGUGCUCGAACUAAGCACCUUUGAGGGUAUCAUGAGCAGAACACAUGCAGCCACCAUUCCAGUCCUCUCUCUCCAUCUCUCUCACCUACUCUGCUUGUUCUUAUCUAAACCGCCUGUCCAACUACAGACAGUAGAGCAAACAAAAUCCCUCAGAAACCAACUCACAUAUCCUACGAUCUCGCCUGAUAUACAAGAAAUACAGCACACACCACCACAAUAUACGCCAACCUUCACGUAUACAUCCCGUCGAUACGAACUCUCCACCAGCCGCCCUCGUCCCAAACAGUCCCAUUCGCGCCCUGGCAGCAUAUCAUCCCAGUCAAGUAAGAUAAUUAAGGUACAAACCACGUACUGUGUACCGCCAGUGAACCUGAACCUUGCCCGGACGGACCGAAUCACAACAACCACGGCUGCCGUCCAGUUACCUAUGUCCGUCCCUAGUCAGGAGUCCCUAGCUAAACUCCUUUGGCCCAGGGGAUUUGCUUCCCGACCUCCCCGAGAGAGUUACGGUUGACCGCAAAGCAUAGCCACAGUUGAAAGAGUGGAGGAUGUCGUCAGCCUUUUUGCGGUGUCAUCGGAGACUUUUGCGC